ACACAUCCCAGACCAAAAAACUAACAGAACACACGCGCCUACCAGACGCACUCGCUAAAUAGAGUAGUGUCCCAGUUCCACACCCGUCAAAGUCAUUGAAAAAUCAGAGUCCGAGAGUGGAGGAUUUAAAAAAGAUGAUGAUGAUGUGAGCUUAAAUCUCACGCGCCACCGCGAAUCAAGGUGCGAUCUGAAGGAAAAGGGAUUGGAAGCCUGUAAUGAGAAUAAGAAGAGAUGGGAGGAGUGACGUCUUCAAUCGCAGCCAAGUUCGCCUUUUUCCCGCCGAAUCCACCUUCGUACAGAGUCAUCGCAGACGAUUCCUGCGGAGGAAGACUCUACAUUCCUGAGGUUCCUAGAAGGGACGACGUGGAUAUCCUCAAGCUCAGGACUCGCCGUGGCAAUGAAAUCGUCGCCGUCCACGUCAAGCACCCCAAGGCUUCUGCCACUAUGCUUUAUUCCCAUGGAAAUGCUGCUGAUUUGGGCCAGAUGUUCGAGCUUUUUGUUGAAUUGAGCGCUCGCCUUCGGGUUAAUUUAAUGGGGUAUGAUUACUCUGGCUAUGGGCAGUCAACUGGAAAGGCAUCUGAAUGUAAUACAUACGCAGAUAUUGAUGCAGCAUAUAAAUGCCUCAAGGAGCAGUGUGGGGUCAAGGAUGAACAACUGAUAUUAUAUGGUCAGUCUGUUGGUAGUGGCCCCACUGUUGAUCUUGCUUCACGUAUACCAACCUUGAGAGGUGUAGUGUUACACAGUCCUAUUAUGUCCGGGCUGAGGGUGUUGUACCCUGUCAAGCGGACAUACUGGUUUGAUAUUUACAAGAAUAUCGAUAAAAUUGCAAUGGUGAACUGCCCUAUCCUGGUUAUACAUGGGUAGCCAAAUUUUGUCAUGUGGCAGCCUGGGAAGGAUUUUUGCUUUGCUUUUGUUGCAUCAGCAAGCCAUCUCCCAGAUCUUUUCUUUCUCUUUCCUCUUCAUGAACCAUGUGGUGGAUCCAUGUUGCUGGGCUGAAGGGGCUUCUCAAAGGGCUACAAGUAGCCUGCUUGUUGGCCUUUCUAGCCCCUACAAAGUUCUUUGUUUUGUCAUAGCCUCCGGUUGUAGAUGGGUUACAAUUAAUGAAGCCUUUAGCACCCGGUUGCAGAUGGCCUUAGACCAAAUUAUUAAUCCAUGGAAUUGGAAUUAGUUUAAGAGAUACCUAGCAUCCCAAAUUGAAUCCCACACUGCUUUAUAGGCGCCAAUAUUACGUCCAACUUGGCAUGUAUACCUAGGACCAUCAAGAUUGGAGAUAUUUUAAACACUUGUUUUAUAGCAUCUAUAACUGCCUCCUGUUUAUGGUGCGCAACUUGUACAGAGAUGUUUCCAUGCAGCGUCUCAGGUGAAUGAUAUUAGUGAGUUUAGUUUAGAGAAUAAGUAACAAGAAUUUUUGCCUGAUUGCAUAUUUAGUUGAGACUACAGCGGCAGAUUCAAGCACAUGAGCUCAGAGGGAUCAGUUGAAUGAGUCUAAGACACCAUAGGUUCUGAAAGAAAGUCUUCAAAUUAUUCUGUUUUCCCAUGUGAAACGUCUUUUCACUCGUAAACUCGUUCUUCUUUUGACACGAAAUCCGUUUUCCCGUGUUUUUUAAUAGUAAUUGCCUUACUAGGUAAAAAAUCCCAAUAAGGAUUUGCAAGCUCAGAAGCAAGAGUCACUGUAGUUGCAGGGAGCUAGUCCCAUAACUGCGGGCAGUUCGAGUUCUAGUUCUUUUCAAGACAGAUGGGACUGUAGCUAACAAGUGUGCCCUGAGUGGAAUGGCAGGACGUGUGCCAAUUUAUUAGUAGCUAGGCAGCUAAGCCAGUAGUAGUUCAGUUCAGGUCAGGGCAUGAAGCUACAGGUUCUAUUUUGGUCGUGAGACAGGUCGGACGCAACUUGUUAUAUAGGUAGCCGUGCGUAUUAAUAGAUCUUCUUCUAUACUAGUAGUAGGAGUAGUGGGUGUAUCGCUUUCUUAGACUUUCUUUGUUAGAAUAUCUCCUUCGUCUACUGAGUCAUCAAUUGCCAUAAACCCCGUCCUUUUGGCUGUAAUUGCGUCAGGUUGGUUUCUGUUUGCUAGCAAAUGUACGACCUAAAGCAAAAGCGUCAGGUUGGUUUCUGUUUGCUAGCAAAUGUACGACCUAAAGCAAAAGGGUCCUUCUUCACUUCCUUCAGAACCUUAUCCUCUCACCUCUAACGGCUUAUUCACUGGAGGCGAAAGGAAGGACAAAGACUUCUAUUCAUUGGAAGCCACAGAAGAACAACUCCUUUUAGGUGGAGUGAUGAAAUGGGGCAUACUACUUCCCGGCCUAACUCCUCCAAUUCACUAUAAAGCACAAGGGAGAUGUAGCUUCAUCAAGUCAGGCAGUAGGAUAUUGACUGGAAAGAUUAAUACAAGUAAUUAGCGUAGCUGCAUUCUCUCUUUAGGUUUGAGGAUCACUCCGUGAGCACCUCUUUUAACUGGUUUUAGUUUUUGUGUUGGGUGACCACUUGGUCAAAAGAUUUCAUUUUCUCUCACCAGAGCUGGCUCUGGAGCUGUGCAAUGUGCGUGACAGAAUUGUAAAUUUAAUCCCUUCCAAAAUCUUAAAAUAUUAUGUAUUCUAAGAUGACCCUUUACAUAAGUUUUAUGCUGUUCAAUUGGCAAUAAUGGCGUUUUAUGUUCUUGAGAGUAUCAAGGAUUCGAUCCUCAGUGUUGUUGUUACUGAAAUUUAAUUUGUUUUAAUCUUCCAUCGUCUGUUUCUUCUAGGUAUAUACAGCAUUUUCAAUCCUCAUCCCUUCCCAUUUUUUUUUUCCCAAUUCUUCAUUCAUGAUUUUUUUUCAGGUAUCAUAUAUGUUCUUAACUGAUUCUGUUUUAUAGUUUUGAUUCUUUAAAUGAGUUUUUUAUUUUUUAUUUUAGCAACAAUCUUUACUACUCUGUCUUAAUAUUGCUAAUCUCGUUUAAUACUAAUACAAUUUUUACAAAAAAAAGGAAAAAAAUAGAAAAGAAACUAAAGUUAAUAUUUGACUCUAUAGAUGAAAGUUCUCUAAUAUUAUUUUCAUGUAAGACUGCAUAUCGGGGGCCAUGUUUUAAAUUUUUCUCAGGGCCUCCAAAACUUUUAAGACGGCUCUACUUCUCUUAAUGACCAUAUAUACUAAUUGUUUUAUUAGUUUGGUUAUGGAAUACUAAUAAAAUGUUCAUUUCCAGGGGACAGCAGAUGAAGUUGUAGAUUCCUCCCAUGGCAAGCAGCUUUGGGUUCUUUGCAAGGAAAA